AUGCAAACACGCUGUGACUCAUUAAGAAUAGGCAACCGUGCCGGCUGUCCCUCCUCCACGGUUCGCCCUGAACCCAAAGCAAAGACUACUCGACCAAAGAACACGAAACAAGCUCACUCGUUAACCUACUCUCCACAAUUCUCGGCGGAUAAAAUAAAGGAAACCGAUCCACAACAAAUCAAACUGCUUUGGCGAGAAGUUAUGGCAUCACAAACACCCCCAUACGCGCGUCCAACAACGGCCAGCCAACUCAGGAGCCCGGCUCCGGGGAACUCACCAGGCCUACCACAAAAUGCUCAUGCAAAUCGAACACCGACAAACUCCUCGACAACGGUCUCUAGGACAGGUACGAGCAGAACACAGGGCGCCAGAAAUGCCACGGUCCGCGACGUUGACUUCGAGGAGAUUCAGCUAAUUCCGCGAGGAGUUGAGAUAUACAAACAUGCGAAUCUAAGCGUGGGUGUUGUGUCAGGAGCUCACAACCAUUUCGGCUCUGACAAACCUUCGGACUUUGCCAAAUCACGCGAAUUUUACCGGGCGGCCGUCCAAGAAGCGCUCGUGAAAAGAGCUGAGCAGGAUAUAGACGAUUCGAUAUUCCUGUCCAUGGACUCCGACUUCGUCAAGUUCGUGCAGAGGGCGUAUCGCCGACUGGGAGAGGCACACUACUCCGAAGCUGAAUUCAAGAUAUAUGCUUGGCAGAAUCUGUUCAUCGGGCAGCAGCUCAUAAUCAUAGAUGAUAUUCAAAGGCAGCUUUGUGCUGUACGGCUCGCGGAAGUUUCGCUCAAACCCCGCGAAACUAUUAGCCAACGUAUGUGGUAUGCACCUCCACUCCUUUCGAACCAGACUCCUUCCAAACUCUUUGGCUUCGACAUUUAUGCCGACAGUCAAUACUGGCUAAGCAACAAGGUCAUAAAUGUCGAGUAUCGAAGGUUUGCCAAACAAGUCGUGCAUUGUAAUGCCUCGGGUGCAUUCUGUCCCUAUUUCUCGAUAGAGUUCAAAGCAGGAACCGAUGAUUCGCGAGUUGUGCAAAACCAAGUCGCUGCCGCAGGUCUGAUUUCCUUGUUCAACCGAUGCCAGUUAAAGCUCGAUGCCUAUUCUCAGACCGUUUUGGAGCAAUUCAAAUCCCAGCAAUUCAAUCUAGUUCGUCAUUAUGGAUUGACGAUGGAGAAAGACCUUUGGAUAGUACGGGUCUUUGAACCAAAAAUAGUGAAUGGUGCUUGGGCCGGCUGCACAAUACGAGUGCUUGAUCACGGGUCUUGUCUGGAGGAAGAAGAAGUUGUCGGAUUACUGCAAUGGAUCAACGAAAUUCAUCGAUGGGGUCUUUGUGAGUACGCUCUCGGAUGUGAAGAUGAUAUUAAACAGAUUCUAAGCAGAGGUUCUACCGACCUCAGAAUAUCCGCGACAGGGUCCUAA